AUGUCUCCGCUCCCAGACUCUAAGGAGAUUCCCCUCAUAUCCAGGCUGAUGCAUUAUAUCAGGCUAAGACAUAUUCGCGGCCCAUGGUGGGCAGCCAUCACUAGAAUUUGGAUGUUGGGAGCACUAGCAUCUGAGGAUUCAUCGAACAUUUAUAUCCGUGUCAAUCGCAAGUAUGGACCUCUAGCUCGAAUUGGGCCAAACCAUCUCCUUCUUAGCGAUCCAGACAGCAUCCGCACCAUUCUCGCGGCACGGUCACGCUAUACUCGAGGACCAUGGUAUGAUGCUCUGCGGAUUCACCCUCAUAGGGCGAAUCUGAUUACAGAGCGAGAUGAACGGAAACAUCAGAAGCUCCGUCACCAGAUGGCUGCAGGUUAUAACGGAAAUGAUAUUCCAAGCCUAGAACCUACGAUAGACGAGAGAAUCCAUGAAUGGCUGACGUACAUUGACUCUUUUGGCAUCUCUACAUCUUCCUCAACCGUGAAGUUUGAUAUAGCUCGAAGCCUGCAAUAUCUGACUACCGAUAUCAUAUCCCACUUAUGCUUUGGAGAGCCCUUUGGUUUUGUCAAGACUCAUGAUGAUGUCUAUGGAUUUCUGGCAACUCUGGAAUCUCGGCUUCCUAUUGUGGAAAAGUUCUCUGUGGUGGUCGAGCUAAGCAGUCUAUUGUCCGCGCUAUCAUAUAUCCCUUAUUUCGAGCACUGCGUGCUACCCCAACCGACAGAUGAAAAUGGGUUAGGUAAGAUACUUGGGAUAUCGAAGAGGGUAGUAGAUACACGUUUUGAACCUAAUUCUAUUUGCCGGACGGAUAUUCUUGGAUCUUUCUUGAAAAACGGAAUCUCUAGGAAGCAAGUGGAAUCCGAGAUCACAAUCUCGUUAUUUGCAGGUUCAGACACUACGGCCAGCGGUCUUCGCGGUACCUUACUUCACAUCGUAACUAACCCGAACGUCUAUGCAAAACUAAAAGCUGAAAUCGAUGAGGCUGUUUCCAAGGGCUUAGUUUCAUCACCCACACAAGCGCACGAAGCGGCAAAGCUUCCAUACCUCCAAGCAUGCAUCAAAGAAGGCCUACGUAUCUUCCCACCGAUCACUUCUCUUCGCGAACGUGUAGUUCCCCCAGAGGGAGACACUAUUCUAGGGAGAUUCAUACCUGGUGGGACUAACAUCGGGAUUAACAUGGCUGGCUCGUUACUAAGCGACAUAUUUGGACCUGAUCCAGAUGUCUUCAGGCCAGAAAGAUGGUUAGAAGCGGAUUCGACGAAUUUGGCGCAGAUGGAGCGGGUCCACGAGCUUGUAUUUGGUCAUGGGGCAACGCGAUGUCUAGGGAUUCGUAUCGCGACAAUGACUCUCAAUAAGGUCUUCGUUGAGCUUUUACGCCGCUACGAAAUAUCAGUCACAAACCCAAUCAAUCCUUGGAAGAGCCGAUGUCAUGGGAUCUUCUUCCAGCGAGAUUUCUGGAUUCGAAUCACACUGAGAGAGAACGACUCAGCGCGUAAAUGUUCUCUAUCAUUGCAGAACAAUCAGCUGUGAUAUGUGGAGGGCAUGCUUUGAAGCAAGUCAGUCUUAUAUUUUUCCCGGCUGUAAAGCUUGCCAUCUCACUCGUGUUCAUACUACCGCUUCAUAUUCACUGAUAAUAUGUAUUCCUGUUUGAUACUCCUAUGUAGUCUAGGUGCUUAAGUACAUACAUAAUCUGUCAUUGUGGGUUUCCCCAGUGUGAC